AGCGGACAUCUUCAUGUAAUCCUGCGUUAUGCAGUGUUUUUAUGUGAUCGUAAAAAUUCAUCUUCAUUCAAACUCCUGCGCUCUUUUGAAAGUGGAGAUUGAAAAAACGUUGACUGAUAGGGUGCCGAACAUGUGCCCGUAACGCUUUAGAAAUUAUAGACAAUAUCGUACUAUUUAAUGCUUAUGAUAAAAUGUUAGAUACAGGUUCUUUGACAUCAAUGGCUAUUGGAGCUGGAAUUGGACUAAUUAUUGGCUGGAUUACAAGAUCACGGCUCUAUAGAAACGUUGGGAACGUUUCAGCUUUCCGUACAGCUACAGGAUCUUCUGAUGGCUUCUUCAAGGGUCCCAAAGAAGAACACAAACUGGUAUUGGUAGUUAGAAAUGAUCUGAAGAUGAGUAAAGGAAAGAUAGCAGCGCAGUGCUCACACGCAGCAGUGGCGUGCGUUGCCCAAAUGCAGAUUAGUGAUCCAGAAACAUUAAAGAGAUGGCUUGAUUUGGGACAGGCAAAAGUGGUCGUUAAAAUUAAUGAUGAAGAAAGCAUGUUAGCUGUAGAGAAAAAAGCCAGGUCAUUGGGACUGAAUACCAAAAUUAUUAGAGAUGCUGGCAGGACACAGGUAGCUCCCAGUACUAGGACAGUGCUAGGUGUGGGGCCAGCUCCAGUCAGUGUUCUGGAUGAAGUCACUGGACAUUUAAAAUUGAUGUGACUUACUGGUUAUUUUAGAUGGACAGAAAGUAAUGGUUACUUGAAAUAUAACAGUUGUACCAAACAUCUGUCACUGCCUUGCACUGUGUUGCAUCAUUUUUCUGUGAUAGGGAAAAUGGUUUAUUGGUAAUGGAAUUGAAUGUCUAGACAAGACUUGUCAAAGAAAAACAAUUAUAAGAGGAUAAAUAAUGGAGAAACAGCAUGUGUGUGCGUGUAUACUGGUGUAUGUCAAUAUGCAUCUCCCCAGUUAAAAUGUUAGUCAAUCAUGUUAUGAAAUAAUAAUAGUUAAUUCAGUAAAAUUGCAAGCCAAAUGUGGAAGUUCUACAUGUGCUGAGGCUCCCCUCAAGAAUUAUGAACAAAAACAUCUUUUUACCAGAUGCUUACCUAUAAGAACAUUAUAAUGGAAAAGAAAAGGUUGAAUUUAUUAGAUGUUCUAAUUUUCAUAACAGGAAAGGAACUUUUCUGCAUGUAUUAUUCCAUUGAUUUCAACACCCACAAAUACUUGAAAUGCUUCGAUUUCCCCCCUCUGAAAAUUUUGUUAGUUUGAUGUUGCGAGGUAAAAACUGUUGAGUAUGGAAUUGUCCCUAAUAAUUUAAUGUAUUUAUAGAAUGGACAUACUAUCAUUUAUGGUCAUUUUUAUUCUUCCCAAAAUCAAAUUUCUAGUUUCUUGACAUUAACAUCAUUGGAAUUAUUCAGAUCAUUAUGUCCAUGUUCAGAUAUACGGACAUUCUUUAUUUGGUAGAUUUAUUGUCAUGUGACAGGAUUGCUGUAGAUUUUAUAUAGUGCACAUCAUGUUCAAGGUACGAAGUGAAAAAAUAAAGCAUUGUUAAGUAUUUCGUCAUUAUGACCCACAUUUAUAU